CUCACCUCUCGUCGUCAUCAUGUCCCACUUGAACUACGAAACUCGUCUUCCUCUCGGUCAAGCCACCAUCGAUCAUUUCAUGGGACUCCCGGCUCAUCCGUCGAAGUGCCAAGCGACAUACGUCUGGAUUGAUGGAACCGGCGAACAACUCCGUGCAAAGACUCGUACGUUCAAUUUAAAGCCUCAAUACUUGUCAGAGUAUCCAAUCUGGAACUAUGAUGGCUCUUCAACUGGCCAAGCUGAAGGAUUGAAUUCUGAUCGCUAUUUGAGGCCUGUUGCAGUUUUCCCAGACCCAUUUCUUCAAGGACACAAUGUGCUUGUGAUGUGCGAAACUCUGGACGAAACUAUGAAGCCAACAGCAACAAACCAUCGUCAAAAUUGCGCUGCCAUCAUGAAGAAAGUAGCCGAGCAUCAUCCAUGGUUUGGAAUGGAGCAAGAAUAUCUGAUUGUCGACAGAGAUGAACAUCCACUCGGGUGGCCAAAGCAUGGAUAUCCAGCUCCACAAGGAAAAUAUUACUGUGGAGUUGGAGCGGAUCGCGCUUUUGGACGGGAAGUGGUGGAGACACACUACCGUGCCUGUCUUCACGCUGGAAUCAACAUCUUCGGCACCAACGCGGAAGUCACUCCAGGACAAUGGGAGUUCCAGAUCGGAACCUGUGAAGGUAUCGAUAUGGGUGAUCAACUCUGGAUGGCAAGAUACAUUUUGCAUAGAGUCGCUGAACAAUUUGGAGUGUGCGUUUCAUUGGAUCCCAAGCCAAAGGUUACCAUGGGAGACUGGAACGGUGCCGGUUGUCAUACCAACUUCUCGACAAUUGAAAUGCGAAGACCAAACGGUCUGAACGCCAUUUUCGAAGCUAUGAAAGGCCUCGAAAGAACUCAUUCGGAAGCCAUGUCGGUUUACGAUCCAAAUGGAGGACGGGACAAUCUUCGACGCCUCACCGGUCGCCACGAGACUAGUCAAGCUGACAAGUUCUCCUGGGGAAUCGCCAAUCGUGCGUGCUCAAUUCGGAUUCCACGUCAAGUCGCUGACGAGACGAAGGGCUAUCUCGAAGACCGUCGUCCAUCAUCCAACUGCGAUCCUUACCUGGUGACAGCAAUGAUUGUGAAGAGCUGCCUGCUCAGCGACUGACCCAACGACUAACAAAUUCAUGUACAUUAGAAACAAUUAUUACCACUUGUAUUCUGAACAAUGAUCUCACAUUUCGAUUGUAUAUUUCUAGAUUGUUGUAUUAUAAUUAUUUUUGCAUCUAGACACCCCCCGAAUAAACUAACGCAUGAUC